AGUCGACAUCUGGAAAUGGUGCAGCUUCACCAGCCUUGACCAAACUUUUAUCCACCAAUAUUGCUUCUAGUCAGGAGAUCAGCGGGAGUAACUCUGCAGAGAAAAAAAAUUCAUGCAACAUGGCAACUGAUAAGGAGAAAAAUGGGACAAGCUCCAAUUCCUCUCCGGGUAAACGUAAGAUGAACGAUGCUGAACAGCCAUCUGAAGGCAAGGCCACAAAUACUUCCGGGUACAGAAGUGACCCACUCACAAGCUUGUGGAUAACUCGGCUUUCUCCAAAAACUUCUGGUCCAUUGUCGAACCGGGAUCUUUGCCACAGAAGAACUGGCGAAGCUCUUGAUGGCUUUACCGAUUUCAUAAGGCUGAAGGCUCAGUGGCAGAAUCAUCCUUCUUCUUACCAAGAUAAAAACAUUGUGGGGGCUAGGGAGGAGGAGCACUUCACUGAGGACCCGGUAUGCAUGCAUAAUUGUGCCAACAGUACUGAAGUUUCAUUUAGCAUAAAUAAAGUAAAUGGACACCAUGAUGAGAAGUCCAUGUGUAAAAUGAACUCUACCUUGCCUUUUUCAAGAUUCAGAAAUUCAGAGGCGAUGGCUUCUGUCUUUGCAAGGAGAUUGGAUGCCCUCAUGCACAUCAUGCCAUCAUACGGGACAGAUGAUUCUUCUCAUGGAAACCUGACAUGUUUCUUUUGUGGCAUAAAAUGUCACCAUGUGCGAGAUUGUCCAGAGAUAAUAGAUAGUGAGCUUGCAGAUAUUCUAAGAAAUGCUAAUUCAUUUAACGGAGCAAACGAAUUUCCAUGUGUGUGCAUAAGAUGUUUCCAGUCAAAUCACUGGGCUGUUGCAUGUCCUAGUGCCUCUUCAAGAACAAGACAUCAAGCAGAAUAUGGCGCUUCUCUGGUCCAUGAAUCCAGCCCUUGUAAAAUUCUUCUCAAUCCAAGAAAUGAAGACGAUGCAAAGCAGUCAGAUGGCAAGGAUAGUCAAUUGCAAGCUGCUGAUGCACCUACAGUUCGCAAUGGGAAAUUGCAUGAAGCUUCUGCCUCUGGGAAAAUAAAUAUGAAUAUGAAACCGUUUGAGAGAGACACUGCUUCAAGUUCUGGGGAAAAGAAGUUGAAAGAAAACCAGGUCAUGCCUUUGAGCAAUUUUAUCAAUAGCCAGAUAGCGGACGUACCGAAGGGAAUUUUUGAUGCAGUAAAAAGGCUUCGUUUAUCUCGAACAAUUAUUCUCAAAUGGAUGAAUUCCCAUACACCACCAUCACAUCUUGAUGGCUUUUCAUGCGCUUGCGGCUUGGGAAGUGGGAACAGGGACUGGGGGGAACUGGGUAUUAUGUUGCCUGCAUUACUGGAGUUCAAAGUCAGAGUUCAAAACAAAAGUUCAAAAAUUCUAUUGCUGUAAUUGUAGGUGGCGUCAAAUGUUUAGUUGAGAGUCAAUAUAUCUCCAACCACGACUUCACCGAGGUAAAAGCCCGACUCUGAAAACGAAUUCAUGUUUUAUAUAAUCUAGCAAUUUAAAUUUCAAUCUUUGAUCUAUAGAUUUCCAGCUGAAUCUGCGAGCUUGAUAUCUUUAUUCAUGGGCUCCAUUUAAUUAAUCUGGCUAUUUAUAGCCUUUUCCCCCUUGUUGAA